UCGUGUACGUAUAUAAUAUGACGAUGAAAUCCACCAAAGCUGUGUUCACCAGCUGAUCUUGUUUCAGAAAGGCUCUCCAAAACUUUGCAGUUGUGGUGUCAUUUCGCCCUUCAGUGGGCAGUUUCUCCCUCGGAAAGAAUGCGACUGUGACUACUGUGCUGUAACUGUAGCACAUUCGACUGGUGCCACUUAACAGAGAUGUAAUCUGGGCAGUAACACUUGAGUAGCAUCAUGUACAGGCUACCAGUUGUUAUCCAGGGGCACCAGCGAGUGGUCAACAGGCUUCGCCCAGAAGACACAAAGAAGGUCCUCGAGAAGGUAUUCCAACAACUCAAGAAACAACCGGAUCCAAAAGCGCGUCACCUGGACAAUCUCCGAUCCGUCUCGCAAGGUGUUCAGCGAGAACUUUUCCACACCGGAGGGCGCUAUCCGGCCAGUGGGAAGGCACUGUUUGGAGAUGCCUACGAGGUCUGGUCGGAGGACAUGGCCUGCAUUCUGCAGGGUACUUGUCUACCAGGCAGUACCAAGUACUGCCGCACCAAGUCCAUGUUUGGCAAGCUGGAACUGGGCGACAUCAUGCAGGGCUCCUCUGGCACCAAGACACAUCUGAUGUCUACCUAUACCCUUGCUGCAGCACCCAAAUAUCGUGGGAUCCACACUUUGGCUGCUUCAGGCCUCAAACCACAACAGCAAGCACCACCCCAAAAGAAAGUCUAUCAAAUAGACGGCACUCCCGUGAAUGCACGUAUGAAGUCUGGACUCCCCCAAGAGCUGUGGAAUGAGGAUAUCGCCUGCGUCCUGCAAGGAACCUGCCUACCCGGCAGCACCCGUUACUGCCGUACUAAGUCCAUGUUUGGCAGUCUGCAGUUAGCAGAUGUGAUGCAAGGGACGCCACAUCGGGCCUACAGUACCCAGUCCUCCUCAUCCGAGGGGAACCAGUCACCUGCCACUGGUACCCAGCUCACACAGCGAGAGAGGCUGAAGCGUGCUGUGAAGGACUACGGAUCCACUGUCAUCGUCUUUCACGUGUGCAUCUCGCUGAUGUCGCUUGGAGGAUUUUAUCUUGCAGUCUCCAGUGGACUAGAUGUGCAGGCCCUCCUGACGACAAUCGGAUUCAGCUCCGACGUUGUCGCAUCACGUCUUGCCACGGGAACCAGCACAUUCCUGGUAGCCUACGGAGUUCACAAGCUGUUUGCCCCGGCAAGGAUUGCCGUCACGCUGACCUGUACGCCGUUUAUCGUGCGCUACCUUCGCGGUAUUGGUUUCUUGAAGGUGAAACCAGUAGCCAUACCUAAGUAGAGGAGAAACAACUUUGAACAAUGUGAGCUGGAAUAAAAUUUAUUUUUGUAGAAGGGUGUUUAGUGUUCAAUCCAUUGGUGCACUGUGCAGCUACAUGUAGUUACUUGCAUUUUUGAGUUGAUUGUUUCAAAAUCUUUCCUAAGUUGUACAUUUGAUCAUGUGCCUUUGCAAGUUUGUAAUCUUUACCCUUUUAAAUCCAGAAGUAUCCAACAUGCGUCCAUGUACCAUUAGGAUUGAUAAUUGGGGUGCGUCCCGUAUAGAUGGCUAAAUUAAAUGAUGCCAAGUGCGUAUUGUUUCUAGUUCAGUUUAUUGCAAUGAUUUAUCAUGAGUUGAUAUCACUGAAUAAAAUGAUAAACCCAUAUUUGGCAAGAUGUAAUUGACUUAUUUAUAUAUCUGCACCAAGCAGCUCACUAAUGUUUUGGCCGUCGCGGCUGCCAUGACAUAGCAGUAAAAGCAUACUAUAGACACCUAAUAUGAUGAGAGGCAACAUCUUCCCAUCUUCUGAGUUCCACUGGCUGUUAUACGCCGAGCUUCACGUAAAAAUCUGGUACUCAUUUUUAAUAGCUUUCAAAUGUGUUACACAGCCUGAUUGCCUGAAUUUUGUAUUCUUUUUCUUUUCAUUUCAUUUGUUAAUUUUGUUGCUAAAGGGGUUCCAGACAGCGGGGUCGGAAGUAAUAAUCAAAUUUUUUUUUCCUGGGUCGGGAGCCCAAAGUUAGUCAAUGGGAUAUCCCCUUGCACAGCAAGAGUCUAUGCGAGCAGAUUCAGCGAUUCAUUACACAAAAUUAAGACUGCGUCUUGACCUCCAGGUCUAAUCAUUCAGCGGGAGCCUAUCAGGUCUUAGUAACUCGUAUUACAAAAACAUGGCAGCCAAAUUGACCAAUCAACAGCUUGGUCCACAAAUUCCUGACCGAAACAACGUCACCGUUUCUAAAGUUGACUCCGAUCGGCAUAAAAUUGACAUUGCUUACAUAUCAGAUGCUGGUUAUGGAGAGGACACUGUUGGACAACGGAUGAUACUCAGACUAGCCCAAAAUAGGGUCAGUCAGAAAUGAGAACCAAAGAAAUAAAAAUGGAUGCCCUAAUACUAAAAUAAAGGGAGCCAAAAUUCUAGUUCAAUCGUUAAAACUCAAAGCACCUUUAUUACCAUACAAUAUUACAUCAUGAUAUGUACAAAAUAGCGUGAAAUUGUGUGUAUACAUGUAAUUAGUUAUCAAUUACAUCGUAGUAAUAAAAGUACCUAUCAGUUUUUGCUUUGUUUUGUGUUUUUAAGCUCAGAAUAUAGGAAGUAACCAAUGAGCUGUAAAGACAAUGUAUUUAAAAACUAAAUGAAUAUGGACAGAUUUGAACUAAGAGAUAUUAAAAAAGGAUUCAUGUUUAAUCCCUUGUUCUUUACAAUGUCUGUGGUUAAGGGUUCUUAUUUACACGCUGUGAAUAUUUUGGUUUGUGUGCCAUAACCUAUUCAGUCCUCUACCAGUGCCAGUCAUAUUGUUAUUUUGAAGAAAACUGUACAGCUAUAUGUAUACACAUCUUUUUCAUUCAGAGAAUAGGGUAACUCCCAAGUUUUUUGGCCCAAUGGCCAACCAAAAAAUGCAGCAGUCAUUUAGCUUAGGAAAUUUAAAGGACACCUAUUUAAUAUUUAUUCAACACAAAAUUACACAUACAUACUAAUUUAAAAUUGACGUGAUGUUACUAACGUAAUUUUCACUUAAAAUAAUUUAGUCGUCAGUGAUAUCAUAAACUGGAUACACAACAUUACAUACACUGUCCCUGGGUACAUCCUACCGUCUCAAAAGGGAAAUAUUUGAGUAUUCAAAUAAUAUGCAUCAGUAAUACCACUUUUCUUGAUUUGAAAAGCUAGUGGGUUCAGUUUUUUCCCUUUAUUUUUAUAUCAAUUUGGUAAAUUUUUGUGCUGCUUCAAGAGUCAUUGGUACAUGUAUGUGUAAACAUUUCAGCGAAAUAUGUUGUAAAGUAUGGAAAAAGAAAUAAAUUGGAAUGGAGUAAAAGAUGUCAGAAACAUUAUCGCUUGCUUUCCUUCAGACAAUUAUCAUUGUAAAUGAGCUUAACUACGGUGAAAACGGUCAAAAGAGUGAAGAACAAAAUCACCAUCCAGUGCAAACACCAUCAUGACUUACUAAAAAUGAAAUUACUUGGACACACAUUUAAUUUAUUAAUUAGUCCUAUAGACUGGAUGUUCUACUAAAGGUAUUUAAAAAAUUGUAGAAAAAAAGAGAGGAUUUGUAAUUUUUAACAAGUAAUUUCACACUCUGUCAUUUCCAAUGAGCACUUUCACA